CCUGGUAGACCAGGACAAGGUGGAUCUGGCGGACAAGGAGGGCAAGGUAGACCAGGUGGACCUGGCAGACCAGGAGGGCAAGGUAGACCAGGUGGACCUGGUAGGCCGGGAGGAGAAGGCAGACCUGGUCAACCUGGUAGGCCAGGUAGACCAGGCGGACCAGGUAGGCCUGGUAGACCAGGACAUGGUGGAUCUGGUAGACCAGGAGGACCUGGUAGACCUGGCAGACCAGGAGGGCAUGGUAGACCUGGUAGUCCUGGAGGGCAAGGUGGAUCUGCUGAGUGUGGACUUCCUAAACACGGUAGUGCUGGUAAGUUUAAGUACAACGUUGGAAAUAUAAUGAUG